UUCCGGGAUCAGUUAGAUCUAACCUGGAGGCCGCUGGACAAGCAAAGUCAACAGUUUUAGUGAUAUAACUCCAGAAUUCCACACACAAAAAAUGAAGACUUCAGGACACCCUCAACCUCAGGACAUGGACGAAUGGAUGCAAGGCACUGAAACAGGUUAUUCAGCAGACGCAUUGGCCAGCGAGACUGACGAGCAAGAUCAGAACGAGUUAACUACAGGACAAGAGCUGAACAGCGAAACAGUGAUACAAAUGCCAGAUAGUUAUGUGAUUAAAUGGUGUUCCUGGGAGGUUUUGGUUACUAUAGGCAGUUUACUGUUUUUGACACUCAGCUAUUGUGUGGACAUGAGCAACCUCAUCAUGUACUUAUAUAAGCAGAAAAUUGCCCUCUUUUGUUCUUAUCUACUUUGCACUGCACUGCCAGCCAUAUUUAUCCACUGCUUCAUCACUAAAAGGCUGGAACCUAACUGUCGUCAACCGCUGUCCAUCUUUUUGUUCUCACCUUGGCUACUCUUGUCCAAGUACAUACAAGUUUGUGGACAAAACACACCCGAGAAGAACAAUAUAAAGCACAAUAUGACAGUCGUGACGGUAGUCGAAUGUCUCUUUAAGGCAGUUCCCUAGCUCUACAUCCAGAGCACUGCUUGGUGGACUGGCGGUGUUGAAAACUCGCCAAUCUUCUUUGAAGGCUCUACAGAGAUUAUUAUAAAGACGUUGAUCAAGACACUUAUGUUGGCAUUUAAUCUUCUGGGCGAAUUUUCUGAAAAUAUGCCAAUAUACUGGAAAUGUAUAAACUGCAUCCCUGUGGCUCCUGCCAUCGGUGCCCGUAUGUUCGUGUUUACGUCGCUCUUCGCUCUGCAAGAUUCCUGGUGGUGGAUUUGUUUCCUCCCUCCUUCCCUCGGCGCCUUCGCGUCUUGGCUCAUCAGUGGCAGAACAGGACUAAGGAGGACCGUAGAGGCAUGUUCAAAGACCCUCCUCCUUCCACCCACUGACAUGGCGGGCAUCGUCCCUUCCGCUUUGUAUGUGAUCGCCUACGGAUUGGCUGUCUAUGCGGGCAAAAACUGCACCAUUUUUGUAUUGUAUAUCGUGUUGCUCUGCCACAUCGUGGGAGGAAUCUCAUGGAAGUGCGUUUUAUAUAACAAGUAUAAAUGUGACUAAAAAGCUAGUAAGAAGCACACAUUAGUACAGAUAUGGUAUUCCCUGCUGGGUUUCAAUCUUACUGAACGUUGCGUGCCCUAUUGAUGAUCACAAAACAUUGAUCCAUUUUUUCAUUGUCUAUUAAUUGAUCACAAAGCAUUGAUCUUAAUAUCAGAGAAUUUUAAAUAUUUGAUAUGCUAGUAGAGUUAUGUUAUGCUGAUGAUAUUUUUUGUUUUUUGUUUUUGUGAAUAGCACUGUGUCAUAUAAAAUUUACCAUUUGUGUAAUAAAAAUUGACUGUAUGUAAUUAAUUGAUGUUGUGCUUCUCAA